AUGAAUGACAACCGUACCCAUCCUCUGUUAGCACAGGUGCCGCUGACAGUCUCACCGUUCGUUUCUUUGCCUACUGCAACUACUCUUCCAUACACAUACAAGACUCUACCUUCGACCUUACCGUCGUCAUCCACAACAGCUUCAGCCUCAUCUAGCGACGGCAAGCCCAAAUAUGUCGUAUCAUCUUCGGGUCAUGCAGCACACCCAGAUGAAAUAAUUGCGUCUUGCAAAGCACUACAAGCUUACAUACAGAAAGCACAAGACGAUGCUGACAGGGAGUUGAAGGCAUGGGAAGAUGCGAUAGCUGCAAGAGAAUUGGCAGAAAAGCGUAGAGUAGCCCCUGGAUGGCUGGAUAGCGAUGCGCGAAUCUUAGAGCCAGAGAAGAAGACGGCCGCGGGAGGUGGAAACCUCAUGGAUGUUGAUGUGUCAAGUAAUGAUGCUUCACGUCUAGCACAAACACCUGUGGCGGUACCAAAUCAAGAAGGUGACGAGCUCGAUAGAGCGUUCGGUGGAAUGGCUUUAAAUAAAUCAUGA